CGACGACACUGCGGCGCCGCAGCGCGCGCCCCGCUCGGCGCCCGGAACGCCGCCGGCGCCAGUUGGUGCCGCAUCCGCCGCAAACGGGUCGGCCGCGGCGGCCGCACCCGGCGGCGGCGGCAUCCUGCAGCUGCUGCGGGCCGCGUCCCAGAAGCAGCAGCAGCCGGUGGCCGCCGCCGCGCCGGCGCCGACGCCCGCACUGGCGUCGGCGCCGGCGCUGCAGCCGCCGCCCGGGUUUGGCCCGGGCGCGCUCCUCCUCUCCCAGCUGCAGGGCGCAGGCUCCGCCCCCCAGCAGGUACUGCAGGCGCAGGCGCCCGCGUCGCAGGGCAGCGGGCUCCUGCAGCAGCUGCUCAGCAGCGCCGCAGCCAACCCGGGCCAUCCCGCCGCCGCCGCCGCCGCCCCUGCGCCAGCGCCCGCGCAGCCGCGCCAGCCGCACCCGUCGGCUCCAGUGGGCUCGCAGCUGCUGAUGGCGCUGCAGCGUGCGUCAGAGGAGCGGCAGCGGCAGGGGGCCGGGGCGAGCAACGGCGCCGCCCCCUGAUAUGC